GGCGGCGGUGCGGGAUGCGCGGCCCCCGAUGGGAUGUAGCGGGCGGCUGCUGGGACCCGCCGGGGGCCGCCGCGCCUCGCUGCUCCUCACCAUGAUCCUCUUCUUCACCUACUUCUUCUCCUGCCUGCCCGGGCCCUGCGAGCCGCUGCCGCCCGCGCUGCUGCCGCCGCCGCCCGCCGCGCUGCCCGCGGGCCCGGGGGGCUCGGGGGGCGCGGGGGGCGGCAGCCGCCGCUUCCCCCAGGCCAUCAUCGUGGGCGUGAAGAAGGGCGGGACGCGGGCGCUGCUCGAGUUCCUGCGGGCGCACCCCGGGGUGCGGGCGGUGGGCGCCGAGCCCCACUUCUUCGACAGGUGCUACGAGAAGGGGCUGCGCUGGUACAGGAGCCUGAUGCCACGCACCCUGGAGGGCCAGAUCACCAUGGAGAAGACCCCCAGCUACUUUGUCACCAAGGAGGCGCCGCGGCGCAUCCACAACAUGUCCCGGGACACCAAGCUGAUCGUGGUGGUGCGCAACCCUGUCACCCGCGCCAUCUCGGACUACACGCAGACCCUCUCCAAAAACCCCUCCAUCCCCAGCUUCCAGGCCCUGGCCUUCAAAAACCUCAGCACGGGACUGAUCGACACGAGCUGGAGCGCGGUGCGGAUCGGGAUCUACGCCAAGCACCUGGAGAACUGGCUGCAGUACUUCCCGCUCUCCAAGUUCCUCUUCGUCAGCGGCGAGAGGCUGGUCAGCGACCCCGCCGGGGAGAUGGGCCGUGUCCAGGACUUCCUGGGGCUGCACAGGGUGGUGACGGACAGACAUUUCUACUUUAACGAGACCAAGGGCUUCCCCUGCCUGAAGAAGCCCGAGGGGGGGAGCAAGCCCCGCUGCCUGGGGAAAUCCAAGGGGCGGCCGCACCCCCGAAUCGACGGGCUCGUGGUGCAGCGCCUGCGCGAGUUCUACAGACCCUUCAACAUGAAGUUCUACCAGAUGACAGGGCAGGAUUUUGGGUGGGACUGAGCCCGUCCCCAGGGCACGCUGCUGGGUUGGCACCUGGGAUGCCAGGACUGCGGCCCGGGGAUGCCAGUGGUCAUUGUGGUCAAGGAAUGCUCAUGGUCAUCAUGAUCCAGAGAUGUCUAUGGCCAUCAUUGUCCAGGGAUGCCCAUGGUCACUGUGGCCCAGGGAUGCCCAUGGUCAUUGUGGUCCAGGGAUGUCCAUGGUCACUGUGGUCAGGGAAUGCUCAUGGUCAUCAUGAUCCAGAGAUGUCUAUGGCCAUCAUUGUCCAGGGAUGUCCGUGGUCACUGUGGCCCAGGGAUGCCCGUGACCACCCCACCAGCACCCUCCUCCCUUUGUUCUAAUUUAUAUCGGACCUUUUCUGGCAAGAAACGGACUUUUAUUGGAGUAGAGAGAAAUAUUUAAUAAAAGCUCAGCUGAGCCCUGUCCCCUCCCUGAGCAGAUUAAAUAUUCUUCCACAUAAA